UACAUUUAAAACAACCUUUGUUUAAAAAGUAUAUUGCCGUUUUGUUACAAUUAUACAGUUCUUAUUUCGAAUAGAGUAAGUAAAGUUAGCUUAUUGUUGAACUACUAUGACGUUGAAUUUAUCUGGUAUCCAUUAUUUUGUUUUCCCUCCUGCCUCCUCCGCCAUGAUGUUUUCUACUGAACAGCAGAGCUAAGUAGCUACUAGCUAACCAGCUAGUUUAGCCUUCAGGCUGCGGACUGUUGUGGAAGGGAGGUGCAAUGGAUGGAUGCUUUGCCCCGCUACGUUUUACAUAUCUGUUUUAGUAUGAACACAAUGCGUCGACGUCAAUUCACCCGUUGAUAAACUCCGCGCUGUGGCGGAGGGCUGCUAGUUCGCAGCGUUAAUACAUCAUCCAGGCGCGAGGGUUUGUCGGUAUAGUUACAGAUUAUCUCGAGCUGUCUGAGCGGCUACACAGCUAGCUUCUCCCUACUGUCUACUAUCGCAUUCUUGUGUCUCCUGCCCCAGGAAUGUUCUCCAAAAAGCCUCAUGGGGACGUUAAAAAAUCAACACAGAAAGUGUUGGACCCAAAGAAGGACGUGUUGACAAGACUGAAACAUCUCAGAAUAGUCAUAGAGAACGCAGAGCCGUCAGAGCUGAAACAGUUCUUCGACCUGAACUACUCGCAUAUCUACUAUGUGUUCUUCGAGAACUUUGUCACCAUUGAGGUCAGCCUCAAACAAAAAGGUCACAAGUCUCAGAGGGAGGAACUGGACUCAAUUCUCUUCAUAUUCGAGAAAAUCCUCCAGCUCCUGCCAGAGCGAAUCCAGAGCCGAUGGCAGUUCCACAGCAUCGGGCUGAUCCUCAAGAAGCUGUUGCACACUGGGAAUUCUUUGAAGAUCCGUCGUGAGGGCGUGCGCCUGUUCCUGCUGUGGAUGCAGGCGCUGCAGAGUCAUGCCGAGCGGGAGCAGCUCUGCAUGUUCGCCUGUUUGAUUCCUGGCUUCCCGGCUCCACUCUGCCACGGGACCCCACGCACUCUGGACACUCUGAUCAACCCCCCGCUGAGUCUAACAGAGACUCAGGUCACCCCAGAAGAGAUCACCCCAUUGGUUCCCCCCCAGUCAGGUGACAAGAACCAGGAAGACCUCACCGCUUACUUUUUAGAAGCGCUACUUAAAUACAUGGUAAACCAGGCCAAGUCUCUCGAGUGGCGCUGCAAAGACAACCAUGAACGCGCCUUCAGCUUCCUCUUCGGUCACUUCAGGAAGUUUUACCUUCCUCACAUCUUUCCCAACUUCGCCAUGGAAACCAGCCUUUACAACCCCAUACUGGACGUGCCCCCGAUGCGUCCUAAGCCUUACUACAGCGUGGUGCGCAGGGAGCAGGACGGGGGGGAAACGGUGUACUGCACCAAGGAGAGCUUCCUCCAGGCCCGGGUCAUCUUCAUCCGCUGGCUGGUUUCCUUCUGGCUGGAGCCGCGGCCCAACGCGCAAACACACAUCCCGGGAACAGAGGGGGAGAACGUCCCCAAGAACAUACAGCGUGCAGCAGCAGGACUGGCGGCUCGCUCGGCAGGCAGCUCUGAGGACUGCGGCGGAGGCGGGCUCCGAUUGGACGCCCACCUGGAAAGUAGCGGGUGCUUGUCUGGGUCGGGCGGGGGCAGCAUGGGGCUGUCCGGGGGUCUGGGGUCCGGGUGCGAGCCGGAACAAAGCCACUCCAACACCUCCACACUGACGGAGAGAGAGCCCAGCUCCUCCUCGCUCUGCUCCAUGGAUGAAGAGCAGCUCACGGACAUGGAGGUGGUGAGGAGGGUCCUGACCUCCUCCAGAACCAACGUCAACUUCAUCACCGAGAUCUUUAGACAGGCCUUCCUCCUCCCCAUGUGUGAAGCUGCGGCGAUGCGUAAAGUGGUGCGUGUUUACCAGGAGUGGAUCGCCAUGGAGGGCAGGCCAGUGUUCAUGAAGGAGCCGGAGGAGGGCCCCUACCCCCCCACUGGCAGCCUGGACUCAGGCUCCCAGCUCGGAGACAAGGAGGACGAGGGAAUGAACAGAGCAGUGGAUGAGGAACUGCUGGAGUACAGCGUCCAUGCUGGAGUUCAGACCACACUACAGGUAUUCAUCACCCACUCCUCCAACGUCUUCCUUCUGGAGCCAGCCAACGACAUCAAGAUCCUUCUGGAGGAGCACGUGGACAUGUGCAAGCGCGUCCUGAACAUCUACCGCAGCCUCGUCAUGCACGAGACCAUGGACCAGAAAACAUGGGAGCAGGCUUUACUGGUUAUGCUGAGGGUGACGGAGUCUGUGAUGAAAAGGCCUCCAUCCAUCAUGCCUCAGGGCAAGAAGAACAACACGCUGUCAGGCAGGCUGGCCGGACCCAUCUUUCAGACGCUGAUCGUGGCGUGGAUCAAGGGGAAUCUGAACGUGUACAUCAGCAGAGAGCUGUGGGACGACCUGCUCUCCGUCCUCUCCUCUCUCACCUGCUGGGACGAGCUGGUCACUGAGUGGUCUCUCACCAUGGAAACGCUCACCAAGGUGUUGGCCAGGAACCUUUACACUGUGGAUCUGAAUGAGCUGCCUCUGGACAAACUGAGUGAACAGAAACAGAAGAAGCAUAAAGGAAAAGGCAUUGGCUCAGAGGGUCAGCGGCAGAUUCCAGACCGUUCCUUCUCCAAAGGCUGGAGCAGAGACCAGCCGGUGCAGGCGGUGGCCAUGAGGCAGCGCAGCGCCACCACCGCCGGGUCACCUGGCAUCGAGAAGGCCCGGAGCAUCGUCCGCCAGAAGACUGUGGCGCUGCGUAGCUGCUCUACGGGGGACUCUCUGCUGUCCUCAGCCUUUAUCCGCAGUGCUAAGAGUGCUCCCACUCUGGCUCCGCCUCUUCCUGUCCUCCUCCACCACCACCACCCUUUACUACCCCCCCUUGCUGACCAGCUGGCAGACCUCGAGGACCCGCCAAUCACACUGACAACCCGCUCCUCUCGGAUGCGCCACUCUUCCCAGAGCGACGAGGCUCCUCCCACUUCCUGCUCGGAGGUCUUCCAGGGAGUGGCUUGUGACCUGGAAGCCGCCGCCCCUUCCUCCCUCCCGAGGAGCAGCAGUGCCUCUGACGUCAUGGAGCCCUUCAUCGCCGAGCGGGUCAAAGGUGACGACCCCGAAACGAAUCCCACUUUGAUCCAAAACCCCCCCCACCAACACCUCUCCACAACUUCUUCUUUACUCGCAGUCAACAGCCACGCAGCUCGUCCACUCUCACAACCCCUCACCCACUCCCCCUCCCCUUUAACCUUGUCCAAUGGCGUUGUCUCGUCCCCCUCAGAGGGACCAGAAAAUGCUAGUGAUUACGAGCAGUUCUGGCAGCAGAUUGGCUCUGAAAGCAGAGGUUCUAGUUCAGAUUGGGUUAGCGACUGGGAUUCAGCAUUCGCCUUGUCAUCUGAAAAAGAGAUUGAUAUAGAGGAAGGGGAAAUGGGGGCCGGGGUUGAGGAGGACGAUUUAUUCUCCUCAAUUAGGGACUACCUCACUAACAAAGGAAAUGAGAAAAAGGAAGGAUCAGCAGAGGGAGAAGUUCCUGGUCAUGUAGUAGAAAACAGUGUUGUAACUUUGACAGUUCAAACAGGAAUCGCUAGAACACAAAUGGAAUACACGGGUCAGGCAGGAGAGGUGAGACAGGUGGUGAGGGAGGACAGACAGGUAAGUCAAUCAGUGAGGCACAGCAGUGUGGACUCCACUGAGGAGAAUGAAGGUGAGGAGCGGAGCAUCUACGAGUGUCUGGAGUUGCAGUGUCAGUGGCCGUCACCCAACGCUAGGGGCAAUGCUAGCUUAGAAAGACAAGCUGCGGAUAAAAAGGGAGCAGGAAGUACAGGGAAAGCAGAAGGAGGAGAAGGGAAAUGUGAUGGAUUAAGGGAAACGGGUGAAGAGAAAAAAGAGGAUGGGUCUAUUUUAAUAAAACCUGACACUAACAUGUUAGAAUCCAGCACCGAAUCAAAUCCAACUCCCCAAACUUCAGACCCGACAAAAACUAAAAUGUCCCGCAGUAGCGCCAAGAGGCACUCCGGUGGUGUUCAUGUCAGCUUCCGGCCCUCGACUGAGUCUGUGCAGUUCCACAACCCCUUGGAGAGUAAAGAGGCCCACUGGAAAUCCAGGCUGCGGCGCCUCAGUCACUUCCAUACAUACAGCAACUCUGCCGGGGAGAGGGUGGUAUCCGGAGCUGGAGCGGGCUCAGGGGCAAAGCAGGGAGCAGGGGGCUCAGGUAAGUUUGGCGCUGUGACUGGGAUUAGUAGCCACAAAGCAGGGGUGCAUGACAAAUCAGCCUCUGGGACUUUUACGGAUAACUGCGGGUCAGGAAAUGCCGCAAAUAGUGGGGGCCUGGAAAACUGGACUGGGACUGGAGGGGACAAGGACAAGCAAAGCCCCGGAUCCUGCUCGGGAUCCAACCCGGGCUCCGAGGCUCACGCAGAGCUGGCGUCCAGCAGCUCAGGUUUCUCCGGCGUGUCGUCGGGAGUUCGCGGGCGCCUGGGACGCUCCGCCUUGCGAUCGCGAGCUUCCCGCUCACGCUCACAGGAGCCCGGCAGCACCGCCUCACGACACCACCAGGGGGCUCUUCUCGGCGGCGUUUAUAAGUCUGUCGUCCACGCUUUGUCUUCGAAGCCACGGCCCCGAGGCCAGGGGUCCUCCCAAGGCUCUUCGCCCCAGAGGCAGGGACGCGCCGCCAUGGGUGACGCGUCGCUCAGGGACCUGUACUCCCACGUCCUGGGCUACUUUGGGCGAAAGACGACAGCUAACAAAGAGGAGGUGGUCCAUAAGGCUCGUCCCGUCUCCAGUGACGUGGGAAGCACCAACCCAAACUUCUCCGACCUCAUGGAUGAGUUUAUCCAGGAGAGACUAAGGGCCAAAGGAACAGCCGGUCGCCGUGGCAGCAGCCCAGGAAGCCUGGAGGUUCCCCGGGACCUGCCGGAGCUCCUGGAGGCAGGUCACAGUCCUGGAUUUCGGGCCUCAGACGAUCACCGGCCUAUCGAUGACCCGGGCGUUCCCUCAGAGUGGACGUCCCCUGCGAGUGCCAGUGGCUCUGAUGUCGUCAGCUCAGACAGCCAAUCAGACUCCUUCAAUGCCUUUCAGUACUCCACCUGCAAGUUUGACAACUUCACUUACAGUUCAGAAGCUGGUGGAGGAGGAGGUGGAUCUGGGGGAGGAGGGCGAGGAAGCUCAUUGGACCAGGACAGCCUGGGAGGAGGCGGGGUCGGGGACGAACACGAAGUAGCAAGUUUGACGACACUUCACAUCGACUCGGAGACCAGCAGCCUCAGCCACACCGUCACUGUCACUGGUUCUGAAAGUGCGUCUCCCAUGCAUUCCCUCGGGGGUUCUCGCUCCCAGACACCCUCCCCGGCCACGCUGACAGCAGACCACGCUGACCACACACACUCACACUCACACCUACAGCUGGACCAGAAGCUCCACAACUCAAUGCUGCAGACUCCAGAUGACCUGGAAACCAGUGAGUUCCCAAGCGAGGACUGCAGCGUCAUGGCGGGCGGCUCUCUGACCGGAUGGCACGCAGAUGUUGCCACUGUAAUGUGGCGACGGAUGCUGGGUAUCCUGGGCGACGUCAACACAAUCAAAGACCCAGAGAUCCACGCUCAGGUCUUCGACUAUCUGUGUGAACUGUGGCAAAACCUGGCCAAGAUAAGAGAUAAUUUGGGCAUUUCUCUGGACAACCAGUCGUCUCCCCGGCCCCCUGAUCUGAUCCCGCCUUUGAGAAUCCUCACGCCCUGGCUUUUUAAGGCCACCAAGCUGACUGAGCGUUACAAGCAAGGGAAGCUUCACGCCUACAAGCUGAUCUGCAGGAUCAUGAAGAGACGGCAAGAUGUUUCCCCAAACACUGACUUCCUCACACACUUCUACAACAUCAUGCAUCAGGGACUGCUGCACCAAGACCAGGACAUUGUGAACACCAUCAUAAAACACUGCAGUCCCCGCUUCUUCAGUAUCGGUCUCCCUGGAGCCACCAUGUUGAUCCUGGACUUCAUCAUCGCAGCGUCAAGAGUCACCGCAUGCUCAUCGCUCAACGCCCCCAGGGUGGAGGCCCAGAUCCUGCUGGGUUCUCUGGUAUGUUUCCCAAACUUCUACGAGGAGCUUCCAGCCCUCCACCCCACCACAGCUGAUGUGGUGCUCACCAAGUUCCCUGACGUCAAGGAGCACAUUAUCAAAACCAUCCUGACCUCUGCCAGGGACGAACCCUCUGCUCCUGCUAGGUGUGUGGCUCUGUGCAGUCUGGGGAUCUGGCUGUGUGAGGAGCUGGCUCACGGGACUCAGCACCCGCAGAUAAAAGACGCUCUCAAUGUCAUCUGCGUCACUCUGAAGUACCCCAAUAAGAAUGUAGCCCUGGUGGCGUCGGACAUCCUGCACCUCCUGAUCAGCCACGUGGAUUAUCUUCAGGAAUUCCCCCCCGACACUCCAAAGAAGAUCGUAGAGAUUCUGAUCGCCACCAUCACACACUUGCUGCCUACUACCGAGACUUCUCCUCAUGAGCUGGAUAAAAGGCUGGUGGUGUCCCUCCUGCUGUGUCUGCUGGACUGGGUGAUGGCUCUGCCUCCAAAGACUCUCCUCCAGCCCGUUCAGACCAGAAGCCCCCCGGAGAAGGAGCAGCCCACCAAGACCCUGCUCAGCUGUAUUUAUAAGGUGUUACACGGCUGUGUGUAUGGAGCCCAGUCGUUCAACAGUCCUAAGUAUUACCCGCUGCAGAUGUCCGACCUGCUGAGUCCGGACUACGACCCGUUCCUGCCGCUAGAGAGCCUCCGAGAACCAGAACCGCUGCACAGCCCGGACUCUGAGCGCUCCAGCAAACUGCAGCCUGUCACCGAAGUGCGAAGCCGAAUUCAGCAUGGCCUGGUCUCCAUCGCAGCCAGCACUGUAAUCACACACCUAGUCAACCAUCUAGGCCAUUACCCCAUGUCCGGAGGGCCUGCCACUCUGUCCAGCCAGGUGUGUGAAAACCAAGAUAACCCGUUCUGUGAGAGUGCAGAUCUCGGACCGGAGCUUUUCCAUUCCCCUAACCUGCAGUUCCUGGUUCUGAACGGCUCCACGCUGCUCUCCGUGUAUCAGAUCCGCUCAGAGUCCGGUGUUCCAGGAGGCGGGAUGACGGCCGGUUUGUCCUCCGCCCCCGCCUGCGUCCGCGUCAUCGUCCGAGACGUGGCGGGGAAACACUCCUGGGACUCUGCCGUUCUCUACGGACCCCCGCCCUGCUCCCCGAACAGCCCCACACACACAUUCAUGCCACACACACAAUCCCCUCACGGCGGCAAUCUUCAUUUACGCACUCCACCGGGAGGUCCGGCGAAAAAGAUGGGACUGAAGAAAGAAGACAGCGAAGAGGAGGGCGGGCAGGAGGAUAUCGAGGCAGCAGAGGAGGGACGGAGAGGGACGGAGGGUGAAAGGCAGGAGUUACAGGGGGAAGGAGAGGAGGAGAGGAGAGACACCGAGGAGGGGAUGGGAGAUGGAGGAGAAGAUGAUGAAGAAGAAGAGGAGGAGGAGGGGAUAGAGCAUAGGAUGGAUGGUGAGCGGGAUCAGGGCGAGUCGGGCCUGGAGCAGUUUCCCGCGCCGCCAUUGGCUAAACGGGUGUGUCGGGAGGCGGUGCCAGCGUGGGACUCGCUGAGGGAGGGGGACGACUCGCUGGAUGAAAUGCUGCAGUACCUGGGGUACUCGAGCCCCGAGUGUCUACAGAGAGCAGGCAUGCCGCUCAACAUCCCGGCCCCUCCUCCAGCGUGUGUGUCAGAAAAGCAAGAGAACGACGUGAUCAACGCCAUCCUGAAGCAGAGCGCUGCCGAAAGAGAGUUUGUCCUCCAUAGAGGAGAGGAUCUGAACAUGAGGGCGGUGCAGCAGCCGGAGCCGGACACUGAGACGCCUCAGUCCGCCUUCUACUACUGCAGACUGCUCAUCAACAUCCUGGGCCUCAACUCCUGGGAGAAGAGGAGUAACUUCCAUUUGUUGAGGAAGAAUGAGAAGUUACUGAGAGAGCUGAAGAACCUGGACUCACGGCAAUGCCGGGAGACUCAUAAAAUAGCUGUAUUUUAUGUGGCGGAGGGCCAAGAGGACAAACACUCUAUACUGACCAACACCGCGGGCAGCCAGGCGUACGAGGACUUUGUCUCCGGACUGGGCUGGGAGGUGGACCUCACCACCCACUGUGGCUUCAUGGGAGGCCUCCAGAGGAACCGCAGCACGGGCCAGACCACGCCUUACUACGCCACCUCCACUACAGAGGUCAUCUACCACGUCUCCACCCGCAUGCCCCACGACCAGGACCACAACCUCACCAAGAAGCUAAGACACCUGGGUAAUGACGAGGUCCACAUCGUUUGGUCGGAACAUUCUAGAGACUACCGGCGAGGGAUCAUCCCCACCGAGUUCGGAGACGUGCUAAUCAUCAUCUACCCCAUGAAGAACCACAUGUACUCCAUCCACAUACUGAAAAAACCUGAGGUGCCAUUCUUCGGUCCACUGUUUGACGGUGCCGUAGUGGACAUGAACAUCUUGCCCACCAUGGUCCGGGCCACAGCCAUCAACGCCAGUCGAGCUCUCAAAUCACUGAUUCCACUCUACCAGAACUUCUAUGAGGAGCGAGCCCGAUACCUGGAGACCAUCGUGCAGCACCACCAGGAGCCGACCACCUUCGAAGAUUACGCAGCUCGAGUGUACAGCCCGGCUCCCUGCACUCACCUGCCCUCUGACUCAGGCUCCUGCCUCGAGAUUCUUCGGGGAGAAAGUCCGGCUCUUGGGGAGGCCGGGAGCGACUCGGCGUCCCCCAUGUCGCCUCGGACUAGCAAGAGCCGCAUGUCGAUGAAGCUGCGACGCUCCUCCGGAUCGGCCAAUAAGACUUAAAGCCCUCACUGUAACUUUCUUUUGAAAAUGGCUGAUUAUAUCCUCGCAGUUGCUCCAGCAUGCUGACCUUUGCCACAGUAGAAACAAGUGCAGUAUUAGUUUAUAACAAUCUGUGCCAUUUUAGAAAAGGGUUAGAGCAGAGGAAUAAAAGCAGAAGUUGCUAUCUGUAUAUUUGUACUAUAGUCAGUCCAUGUGUGCGCAGACAGAACCACGAGUUUUGAUAUAAAAUUAAAAAAAGAUCAGAACGUGUGCAUCUGUAGUGUUGCAUGGAGGAAGCAAGAUAAAAGUAUAUUUUUGUUCUCAGCACAGCUUUAGGCUUGAGUGGGUUUCUAUUAGUAUGAAUUGUAUAUAGAAACUCAUUCAUUUGCUUACAAUGAAAGAAAGAUGUUUUGUUGUGGAUGCUUUAAAGCCAAAAAGUGAAGAGAAUCAGUGUUAAAUAGUUGAAUUAUUUGUCAAAAUAGAACACAAGAGGCAGCACUUCCAUUUAGUUUUGUUUUGCUUAUGCUGUAAAAUGUGGACAAGCACUGAUGAUUUUUGUCUUGAAAUGUGUUUGGACCCGAACAAGAACAUUGCUGUAUUUUAUUUGUCACUUUGUCAUCUGAUGCAAUGGAACCACAGCUAUUAUUUUUGUUCCUAUAUUCUGUAUAUCUAUAUAUGUAUGGGUAUAGAUAUAUAUAUAUAGUAGCUAUAUGAACAUCUAAUGGGAUGUGUACAGUGGGUGUAUAUACUGAGAAUAGCUGCCAAAGACCUCAGACCAGGUAUCUGCUUAAAAUGGAUAGACACUACAAGAUUUCAUUUCUUUUUUAGAUUUGCAAGGCAAUUUAAUUUCAGGUCACGGACUCUUCUUUACUUCAAUGUUGCCACAUUGGGGAAGUGUUAGGCCAUCAUUGUCCUCGUUUUUCAUUGAGUAUAUAAUGUACGGAAGAGGAUUAGUGCCACAUGUGAAAAAAAAAAUUGCGAUCGGACCUAAAGGGAUUUAUUUUCUUUUGUUCUGACUUGAAAAUGAAAAUAUUGAGAUUCAAUUCAGAAUUCUGAGAUCAAAUUCAGAAACAAAAUCUGAAUUCUGAGAAAAUGUAUUGAAUUCUAUGAAAAAUCUGAAUUCUGAGAGUACAUUUAGAAUUCUGAGAAAAUGUCAGAAUUCUGAGAUUAAUUUAAGAAUUCUUUCAAAAAAGUCAAAACUAUAUAUUAAAAAAAAUUACUUUUGGUCCGAUCUCAAAACAUUUCCCUCAUGUGGUUCUAAUCCUCUUCUGUGCUUUGUGGCAGGUUUUGUUAUUGAAAAGAUAACUUCACCACCUUAGUGGUUUAAAGGUGGAAACAGUGUGUACAAAGGAGAGAUAGUGUACAGCCAAAGAGGGGGGGAAAGCAAAGAUACUUAUCAUAAUUUAGAUAUUAAUUCUUAUGUUAUUUUUUUUUUUAUAACUCCACUCUUAUAUUGAGACUCAUCCCCCUGCUCCAUUCUUGACGAAGGGGACCCGUAUGUAAUCACAAUCUAUAAAAAGUAACACUACCAGUUAUGUUUUUAACAUCCUUAUUUCAGCACUCCGUCAGUUAGCUCUACUAAAAACCGAAUUGUCUAACAUUGUUUAAGGUUUUUCUUUAGCUGCUGUUCCUCCAUUUAUUUUACAUGAUGGCUUCUUCUGUAUUUAAACUCAAGUUUAUUUGAUGUUACUGUUUUUAUUUCAGCCAUAGAUUCUCUGUAGAAAUGAAAGGGAUUGUUACACUUUUUGCACCUCUGUGUGUGGUGAAUAUAACUUUAUUCGUGAAUAUUUGAAUUCUGCUGAACUCUGAGUUGGCGCUUUAAAUUAUUGCUGUUACAAUAAUAAUAAUUAUUGCUGCGGUUGGAGCACCAUUGAUUGGUGGUCACUCUGAUCUGUUCAUGCUGUACCUCUCACUCCAUCCUGAUUGGACACGCUGAGCCUCACACUCCCUUUGGAUUAAACAUACCUGUGCUUGAUUAUGAGUUAUGGUGCUGCUUUCAAAAUCCCAUGGAGAAGAUGGGACAUUUCCAAUUAGUUUUACAGAUUGUAAAUAAUACGGAGGAUUAUAGUGUUUUAUAAUGACCUCGAAAUGAUUUGCUUACUCUAAACGUAAUUAGCAGCAACCAAAAUGUAUUAAAACAAAUUAUUAACCUUUCAUCAUUACAAACUAUUCAUAGAAACUUUCCUGGACUGUUUAUCUGGAGGAUUUUGACUCUGAAAGUCUACAGAUAAAGGAUUAAGGCCACAUGUGAAAAUGUAUUUCUGAGAAGAAUUGAAGAUUUAAAAAAACAAACACAUUUGUACUUUUUGGAAUUGUGAAUAAUCUCAGAAUUAAAAAAAUGUUUCAACGCGACCCUAAACCAAACUUUGCUUGUCUAAAUAAGGGGUACAAAAUUCAGAUUAAAUUUUUUUCCUUUAUAUAUAUAACAUUCGGAAAGCUCUGUGGCCUGUUGUCCAGAGUGCAUGUGCACUGACUGUACAUACUGCAUGACACCAGCUCAGCACUUCCUGCAUGUGUUGAUCAUGUAACAGCUGUAUUACGCUCAAACACACACACACACACUCACUCCAUGUCACACCUGUACUAUGUAAACCUGUAACGUCUCUUUUGGACACAGACAGAGAGCGUGGAUGUGCGAUGAUGGGAUUUGACAAUAAAUGAUUCGUACCACUUGC